UAUGGGUGGUGACAGGUGUGAUUUCAAGAGGAGCAAGGAAUGCGAAUCUGUCGUCGAAAAAGCUGCAGAGGAUAAAUGGAACUCAAUGUCUGAAGCUGAGAAAAGUCCAUUCGUAAAAAAAGCCUCGGAGAUGGUGGCAGCCAUGGACAGAGCUGCGGAAUUCUAUAAAAUGAUUACGAAUGCCCCGAAAGCAACGGCAGCAGCUGCUCCUCCUACGGAAGAAAAACUCUCAGAAGCAGCUACAACUGGUGGUCCAAUGGAGUAAUAAACUUCUCAGAAGUUUAUCGUUUGCUUUGC